GGCUGGUCACAUGUUGGUGCUCUCUGAAGAGGGAAAUAAGUUCUUAUAAGAGAAGAAACAUGGGUUCAGGUCUUGCUUUCUGGUGCCCCUUGCUUCAUCUUCUGCUACUACUGGUCAUGUGUGUACAAGGAAUUUCAUGCAGGAAGCUGACAGAGUUGGAAACAACACACAACUUGAUGAAGCAUAUGGAUCAAAGAAUUCCUGCUCAUCAUUCAUCAUCCCACAUGGAUCACAUGGACCCUUCACAUAUGAUUUUCUUCACCAUCAAUAACUUAAAGGUUGGCAAAACCAUGCCAAUCUAUUUCCCAAAAAGAAACCCUUCAAAAUCUCCUCGCUUCUUACCAAGAAGUGAAGCUGAUUCGAUUCCUUUCUCAACAGAGGAACUCCCCCACCUCCUUGAGUUCUUCUCUUUCUCCAAAAACUCUCCCCAAGCCAAAGCCAUGGAAGACACUCUUAGGCAAUGUGAGAUUGAACCCAUCAAAGGAGAGACCAAAUUCUGUCCCACUUCCUUAGAAUCCAUGCUGGACUUCAGUCAUGGCAUGCUAGGACCAAACACCCCUUUCACUGCUGUAGCCACUGCCCAUCUCACAAAUUCAACUACCCUUUUCCAGAAUUAUACCAUUUUGAAAGAGCCUAAAGAGAUCUAUGCUCCAAAGAUGGUGGCAUGUCACACCAUGCCUUACCCUUAUGCAGUUUUCUAUUGCCAUAGCCAACAAAGUGUGAACAAGGUGUACAAAGUUGAAUUAGGGGGUGAAGAUGGAGAUAGAGUUGACGCUGUUGCUGUCUGUCAUUUGGAUACUUCUGAAUGGAGCCCUAAUCAUGUAUCAUUCAGUGUGCUUAGAAUCAAGCCUGGGACGUCUGCUGUGUGUCAUUUCUUUGCUGCUGAUAAUCUUGUAUGGGUUCCAACAUCAACCUCAGUCUAAUAAUAUAGUGCAGAAUAAAUAGUAUAUGACUAUAACUUACGUAUUCGAACUUCUGCUUUGAACUUGUUC